AUGGUAUUCACAGAAAAAGAUAUUGCAAUGAAAAGGGUCCCUUUACCUGGCGACCAUGUACCUGUACAGAUUGUUCUGGGAGGAGAGCCGGACACUGUCACAGCUGCUGGACCAAAAAACCUGAUUUCAUUCAACUUUCAAAAUCCUCAGGAGACUCCAGUGGACAGAACGGUGUUGUGGGAAGAAUGCAGCGACAGUCAACUUCCACAAAGAGACUGCAAAUAUAACAUCACUGUGGUCCACAAGAGAGAAGAGGCCAACCAGGUGUUUGUGUGUGGAACCGAUGGCCAGGAAACUGUGUGCUGUAACACGAAAUUAUCAGAGCAGUCACCCCAGUGCAUUCCCUCUGAAAAAACAGAAAACAUAAAAAGAAGCAUAAGAGCAUUUGUCAUAAAGGAAGGUGAACCAUCAACCCUUGUGGAAUCAAAAGGAGGUGAAGACCUUUACAUUACAAACUCUGGAUCUCCAGGGUUUGUUGGCAUCCACAAGUUUGGGAAACACCGAGUUGGACCAGCUAACCAAGAUAAAGAGCAGCACUAUGUGGGUUUGGUGCUCAGCAGACGGAAAGACGAUCCCCUGCAAGACAGAGUUUAUGCCUUCUAUAAGGAGAAAAACAGAGACACAGGCUUGUACAGUGAAAUGUGGUUCCCUUUUGUGACCCAGGUUUGCACGGCAGAUAUUGGUGGUCCCAAGAACACCCUACAGUUUACCUGGACGUCCCAGAUGAAUGCCAGGCUCUUCUGUGGAGACUCUGACAGCAGGCAGCACUUCUCUGAGCUGGUAGAUGUGGCUACUGUGGAUGCAGACCGCUGGCAGGACACCAGGGUUUAUGCACUCUUCAGAAAUGAAUGGGGUAUGAGUGCUGUGUGUGUCUACACCAUACAAGGUAUUGACAACAUCUUCACAACCUCCCCAUUUAAAGACGAGAAAAGUGGCAGAUCGAGAGCGUGUGUUCCAGACAGCAAAAAGAUUCCUUUAGAUACCCUGAGGAAGAUCGAGCAGACUUCAGAGAUGAAGAACUGGGUCCACCCUGUUGACAAUCCUGGUCCACUUUUCUUUAGUCACCACAGCUACACUCACAUCUACGUUGACAGUUCCCGGUACAGGGGGAACGAUCACCACCCGGUCCUGUUUCUGUCUCAAAAAAAUGGGGGCGUUCAUAAGAUGAUAAUGAAUGAAAGUCAGGCCUUUGUCAUCGCUGAGUAUCGACCUUUCAACCACAGAACCCCGAUCCUCAACAUCAUUCUUCACCCUUCCUCUAGGAAGCUGUAUGUGAACUCCAGAAGUGAACUGGUCCAGUUGGAUGUGGCGAACUGUGCUCACUAUGGAGAUAGCUGUGAGGAUUGUGUCAUAGCCAGAGAUCCCUACUGUGGCUGGAACGGCAUCCACUGCACCCAUGAGACAAAUGGCACAGUGCAGGAUGUGGCUCAAGGGAACCAUAACAUUUGCAAAUCUUUGACAGCUCAUCAGCUCCCUGUGAAAGCAUAUAGAUACUCCGGUGCUAGACAAGCAGGCGAGGACAUGGACACCAUCAGAGUUCCCUCUCACUCAAGGUAUUUCCUCCAGUGCCCGGUGUCGUCCCAUCAUGCCCAGUAUACCUGGCAACACCCAGGAAGCUCCACAUCCUGCAGCUCGAGGGAGCAGCAGUGCCUUCUUCUGAUCGACAGCAUGGGUCCCGAGCAGGUGGGAACUUACAGAUGUGUGUCGGAAGAGAUGGGCUACAGUAAAGUCCUGGCACAGUACCAGCUACAGCUGGGGAACAGAGCAACGGGCCAUUCAGCAGGCCCACUGCUCUGGGUUUGUCUCCUGGCUGUUCUGAUCCUGAGUUUGUCCUGUUAGUCCAGAGAAACAACAUGCUACUAAUGCAGUGGUGAUAAAUGAUAAUAUUGAAUUCAAUUGCCCUAGUUGGAGCCUUAGCUACUCUCUUUAGUCAUACAGUAGCUGAGGGUCCAAAUCAUGUUUGUUUACUCUCAUUUUAAUAACAAAAUAAUUACUGCCCUUUUGGCAUUUAUGUAAACAUCAGGACAUAACAGCGUCAUUACAAAAUGCAGUGGGGAUUGUUAUUGAAAACAAUCUUACCAACAAUUUGCUUUAUUGAUCAGGGAAAGUAGAUUGCUAUAAAUUGCUACAUGCACAUACAUGCACCUUUUUUGAAACACUUUACUGCACUUGGUGUUUGCCUUCAGCUCCACACAGACAGCAGAAUGUAAUUUUAACCAAUAUUGAUACAUCAUUUGUUAGUGUAAUUUCAGUUAAACUUUCGUCUUGCUCGCUCAGUUUUAAUCUACACCCAACUGGUGUGCACCUCAUGUAUUAUUACAUCUGCAUACAGUCACAGAGCAAAAGAGCUAAAAUAUCCAAAUAUAGCAUAUUUACUUCAGGGUUUGUACAGUUUUUAAAGAGUAAAAUUCAAGCACUUGUCAAGCACUUUAAAAAGAUACAGUAAACAAAUAAUAAUAACAAAAUAAUAUUAAAAUUUAUACAUUUAUGUUUUGAACUUUUAAAAUGUGUCAUACCAAUCAAGCAAGAUGAUAUGAUGUUAUUGUAAUUUAUGAAACCUGAGAAUUGAAAGAUUGCUCAACAUCACCUUUCUUUGUUAUAACACCCAGAGGUGUUACAUCCAUUUCCUGUAAUGUGAAAUUCUAGACACGUCAUCACGCACCUUCUUGGCUGUACUUUCCUUUCUUUCAUACUACCUCAUACAUCAUUGGUAUGUUAGGGUUGGGUUAGAGCAGACUCAAGAGUCAAGUUUAAGGAAACAAGUUCAUAUUGUGAAAUAUACUGCUGUUGAAAAUACUAUGUUAAUGCUGAGCCAUCCUUUCUGAGAAGACUUGUCAUAUUGCCAAAUGUUUCCGCUUACAAUUCCUUUCACCUGCAUUUUGACUGACUGAUUUGAGUCACCUUAAAUAAGCACUUUUUUACAAACAUAGUGUGUGCGUUUGAUAGUAGAUGUGUUUAGAGGGUGUGUUUAGAGGGUGUGUUCACCAACGUCACACACAUCUUUAACAUGUUACCAGAUUAAGGUUUAGUGUAGAUACAUGAAUAAAUAUCAAAAACUGUGAAUAACCUGUUUGAAAGUUAUACAUAAAUGGAAAUUCAUUGCCCCUUACUUAAACACAGCAAUAUAAGGACAAAACCAUUGUUGAAAUUUAAAAUUGUACUUUGUUAAAUUAAUUUAUCCUGUUUUUUUAGGUCAGUUAAGCCAAAUUACAACCCAAAGCAAAAACAAACAAACCAGCAGCUUUGGUUUUAUUGGAUUUAUCUCAGAUUUUCCAGAUGUGUCCCGGUCCCAGACAUUGUCGUUCUUAUUUAACUGAUGAAUGUGAUAUAAACUGUGCCUGUUACUUGAGUUUAUUUUUUAUCUGUAUGUGCAUAGUUCCUUUUUCAAAUAAAUGCUAAUCUGUUCUCA